GCAAAGUUCAAGGGGGCCGAAUACUUUCACAAGGCACUGUACAAGAGUAUGUGGACACCACUUCAAAUUACUGAAUUUGGCUAUUUCAGCCAUACCCGUAAACAAAUAUUGGAGCCAUGCAAUCGCCAUAGACAAACAUUGACAGUAGAAUGGCCUUUCUGAAGAGCUCAGUGACUUUCAAUGUGGCACCGUCAUAGGAUGCCACCUUUCCAACAAGUCAGGUUGUCAAGUUUCUGCCUUGCUAGAGCUGCCCCGGUCAACUGUUAGUGCUGUUAUUGUGAAGUGGAAACGUCUCUAGAAACAACAACAGCCGCGAAGUGCUAGGCCACACGAGCUCACAGAAUCGGACCACCGAAUUUUGAAGCGCGUAGCACGUAAAAAUCAUCUGUCCUUGGUUGCAACACUCACUACCGAGUUUCAAACUGCCUCUGGAAGCAACAUCAGCACAAUAACUGUUCGCCAGGAGCUUCGUGAAAUGGGUUUCCAUGACCGAGCAGCUGCACAUAAGCCUAAGAUCACCAUGUGCAAUGCCAACUGUCGGCUGGAGUGGUUUAAAGCUCACCGCCAUUGGACUCUGGAGCAAUGGAAACGCAUUCUCUGUGGUGAUGAAUCAUGCUUCACCAUCUGGCAGUCCAACGGACAAAUUUGUGUUUGGCAGAUGCUACUUGCCUCAAUGCAUUGUGCCAACUGUAAAGUUUGGUGGAGGAGGAAUAAUGGUCUGGGGCUGUUUUUCAUGAUUCGGGCUAGGCCCCUUAGUUCCAGUGAAGGGAAAUCUUAACACUACAGCAUACAAUGACAUUCUUAACGAUUAUGUGCUUCCAACUUUGUAGCACAGUUAGGGGAAGGCCCUUUCCUGUUUCAGCAAUCCCCCCGUGCACGAUGUGAGGUCCAUACAGAAAUGGUUUGUUGAGAUCAGUGUGGAAGAACUUGACUGGCCUGCACAGAGCCCUGACUACAACCCCAUUGAACACCUUUUAGAGGAAUUGGAAUGCCAACUGCGAGCCAGGUCUAAUGGCCCCACAUCAGUGUCCAACCUCCCUAAUGCUCUUGUGGCUGAAUGGAAGUAAGUCCCCACAGCAAUGAUCCAACAUCUAGUGGAAAGCCUUCCCAGAAGAUUGGAGGGUGUUAUAGCAGCAAAGGGGGUACCAACUCUAUAUUAAUGGCCAUGAUUUUGGAAUGAGAUAUUUGGCGAGCAGGUGUCCACAUACAUUUGGUCAUGUAGUGUAUGACUUACCGAGUUACCCUACAUUCUAACAAUAUACAGUGCCUUUAGGAAGUAUUCACACCCAUAUACUUUUUAUAUAUUCUAUUGUGUUACAGCCUGAAUUUAAAAUAUUAAAUUGAGAUUGUCACCGACCUACACACAAUACCACAUAAAGUAAAAUUGGAAUUGUCUUUGUAGAAAUGUUUACAAACUAAUUAAAAAUGAAAAAUUUCAAAAGUCUUGAGUCAAUAAUUAUUCAACCCUUUUGUUAUGGCAAGCCUAAUUAAGUUCAGGAGGAAACAUGUCAUAAUAAGAAGUCGCAUUGACUCAAUCUGUGUGCAAUAAUAUUGUUUAACAAUUUUUAAAUGACUACCUCACCUGUACCCCACACAUACAAUUAAUUACAUGUAAGGUCCCUCAAUCGAGCAGUGAAUUUCAAAUACAGAUUCAACCACAAAGACCAGGGAGGUUUUCCAAUGCCUAGCAAAUAAGAAAUAAAAAAAACAGACAUUGAAUAUCCCUUUGAACAUGGUGCAGUUAUUCAUUCGACUUUGGGUAGUGUAUCAAUACACUCAUUCACUGCAAAUAUAUAGGCGUCUUCCCUAACUCAGUUGCCGGAGAGGAAGGAAACCGCUCAGGGAUUUCACCAUGAGGCUAACAGUGACCUUAAAAUAGUUAGAGUUUAAUGGCUGUGAUAGGGGAAAACUGAGGAUGGUAGUUACUCCACAACACUAACCUAAAUGAAAGAGUGAAAAGAAGGAAGCAUGUACAGAAUAAAAAUAUUCCAAAACAUGAAUCAUGUUUGAAAAUGUGUCAAAUAAAGUUAAUUUAUCACUGAGUACCACUCUUCAUACAGUAUUUUCAUCAUGUUAUGGGUAUGCUAGUCAUCGGCAAGGAUUUGGGAGUUUUUUUUAGGAUAAACUGGGAGACAAAUUCACCUUUCAGCAGGAAAAUAACCUAAAACACAUGACCAAAUAUACACUGGAAUUGCGUACCAAGACGUAAUUGAAUGUUCCUGAGUGUUACAGUUACAAUUUUGACUUAAAUCGUUGUGAAAAUCUAUGGCAAGACAUGAAAAUGUCUAACAAUGAUCAACAACCAACUUGACAGAGCUUGAAGAAUUUUCAAAAGAAUAAUAUUGGACAAUCCAGUUGUGCAAAGUUCUUAGAGACUUACACAGAAAGACUCUGUAAGAGCUGUAAUCACUGCUAAAGGUGAUUCUAACAUGUAUUGACUCUGGUGUGUGAGUAGUUAUGUAAAUUAGAUAUUUUUGUUUACAUUUUCAAUAAAGUAGCAAAAAUGUCUAAAACAUGUUUUCACUUUGUCAUUAAACGGUAUUGUGUGUAGAUGGGUGAUUAUUUUUAAAUUAUAUUUGAUCCAUUCUGAAUUCAGGCUGUAACACAACAAAAUGUGGAAUAAGUCAAGGGUAUGAAUACUUUCUGAAUGCACUGUAUGCAGGGAUAUACUUGGUCGACUACUGUACUAUGUGAACACCCUAAAAUAAAGCAUCUGGGCACUUUUGGACCAUAGUUGGAGACUGCUGUUGUAUAAGAUGAUAUUUUGAAGAAUGGUUUACAUUCCAAGGGUGUCUAUCUCUGUUCAUAAUGUUGUAUGGGAGAGGGGGAUUUGUAUCUGCUUUGUAUCUAUCUGUUGAUGACUUUGGUGUUAAUUCAGAGAAACAGCAUUCCAACUGAUUUCCCUCUCCCUUCUCUCUCUAGCACCAGCAGCUGUGUGGACGAUUUGAUGGAUGAAGAUGAGAAAGACAGGGCAAAAAGGGCAUCUCGUAACAAAUCGGAAAAGAAAAGAAGAGACCAAUUCAAUGUGCUCAUCAAGGAGCUGUGCACCAUGCUACAGGGCCAAGGUCAUCCGCGCAAGAUGGACAAGUCCACCAUACUGCAGAGAACGAUCAACUUCCUGCACACACAGAAAGAAAUCACAGCACAGACCGAGUCGUGUGAGAUCCGGCAGGACUGGAAGCCUUCGUUCCUCAGUAAUGAGGAGUUCACCCAGUUGAUGCUGGAGGCUUUAGACGGUUUCCUCAUAGCACUAACUACAGAUGGAAACAUUAUAUAUGUGUCCGACAGCGUGUCUUCACUCAUUGCCCAUUUACCGUCAGAUAUGGUGGACCAAAAUAUCUUGAACUUUCUCCCUGAGCGUGAGCAUGGGGAGGUCUAUAAGCUGCUAUCAUCCCACAUGCUGAUGACUGACCCCAUCUCUGCUGACUUCCUAGACAGUAAGACACACAUUGAGUUCUGCUGUCAUUUAGCCAGAGGAAACAUCGACCCAAAGGAACCCCCUACAUAUGAGUACGUGAAAUUUGUAGGAGAUUUCAAGUUUCAUAACAAUGUGCCUACUUCCUCUUGUAACGGGUUUGAGUUGACAUUACCAAGAACCCUGCAGUCAUCACUGGAAGAGCAGGUCUGCCUUGUUGCCACUGUACGAUUAGUCACUCCACAGUUUUUAAAGGAUUUGUGUAAUGUGGAAGAUCCCUGUGAUGAAUUCACAUCCAGACACAGCCUUGAAUGGAAGUUCCUGUUCUUAGAUCACAGAGCUUCACCAAUCAUCGGCUACUUGCCCUUUGAGGUUCUUGGGACUUCUGGCUAUGAUUACUAUCAUGUGGAUGACUUGGAGCUUAUAGCUCGGUGUCAUAAGCAAUUAAUGCAGUUUGGGAAGGGUAAAUCCUGCUACUAUCGGUUUCUGACCAAGGGUCAGCAGUGGAUCUGGCUCCAGACACACUACUACAUUACAUACCACCAGUGGAACUCCAAGCCAGAGUUCAUAGUGUGCACUCACACAGUCGUCAGUUACGCGGAGGUGAGAGCGGAGAGGAGGAGAGAGUUUGGCUUGGAGGAGACGUCACCUGAGAUGGCCACUUCGUCCUCCAUAAAGGCUCAGGAGGUGUACCUGGACAUCUGUCCCAAUCUGGACCCUCCCGGACAGGACAGAAUGAGCGGGGCAUGCUCAGUGUCCUCCCACAGCUCCCGGAAAUCCUCCCACACAGCCCUGUCCGACUCGGCAUCCAACACGUCCUUGCGGUUCACAGACGCUUGCACACCAUCACGACAGUCUGCAUCAGUCGCGGGGACAGAGAAGAAUUUGGCCAGACUCGUGCCCAGUAGUGCAAAGACUUUGGUACAGAGGCAAAACUCUUUUGACCUCCUUCCCCAACUGAGCCUACCCCCUUCUCCUACCUGCAGCCAGCACUCCGUAAUGCAACAACAACAGCAGCAGCAGCAGCAGUCCAUGCACCAACAGCAGCCCCAAGAGCCUCAGCUAGGUGUGAUGAACCAGCUCAAGGAGCAGCUGGAGGAGAGGACACGCAUCCUGCAGAUGGACAUCAAGACUCAGCAGCAGGAGCUGCAUGACAUCAAGGAGAAGCUUCAGCUAGCUAACCUCCAGAUGUUGUUACAGCAACCCAUCCACGGUGACUUUGGCCAGGUCCAACAGCAGCAGCCUCAGCAGCAGGGUCCAGGGAGGCCGGUCCAGCAGCAUCAGCCCCAGUCUAGGGUGAUCAGGCAGGCCGUGGCCCACUCCAAACAGCCUCUCCAUGGAGCCCACGACUCGUCCCCUCACUCUCUCCUCAGAGAGCACAGCACACCCUCCCCUCAGGUGCAGCAGAGAUUGAUAAGGAAUGCAGGCGGGCAGAUGCAGGCAGUCAGUCUCCCGGUGCACACCCACACCAGCCUGACCAUGCCCUUUUACAGCAACCCCAUGAUGUUCUCUCAGCAGAUGAACACACAGCCACUGCAGGACGCAAACCAAAGACACUCAGACACCGAGUUCAGUCAAGAGGGACAGUUACGCAUGCUGCUCAACCAGCCAAUGCAUACCCUCUUACCUGAUAGCAGUAUGAGCUCCCAGACUUCCCAGUGCAACACAGCCAUCCAGCACACCAAAUACACCCUGGAGCAGCAGAUGAUGACCCCGUCGUUCCCCAUGCAGCAGGUGAACUGCAACGCUGUCCUGGUCCCCUCCCCUGUAUUCACGUCCCCCAUCAUGAUCCCUCACAACAGCUUUAUCACGCACCAGGCCCAGCCCACCUACCACCCUCAGCAGCAGGCCAACCAUCACUCUCUACAGCUGCAGCAGCCCCAGCAGUUCUUUCAGAUGCAGCCCCAAGGACUCUUACACAGUGGACCCACUCAGGCGUUCUUCCACGCCACUAAUAUCCCACAGCAAGGUACUGUGGGUUAUAUUCAACAACAACCGCAGCAGCAGCAACCACAACAACAGCAGCAACAACACCACCAUUCCCAAAACCAGACUGGCAACCUUUCAGACUUCCGAAAUAUGCUCACUCGGUAGCACCGAAGACUCAAACAGAGUUGUUAGUUAUCCCCUGAAAUGUAUUGUCACAGGUUCAGUGGCAGAAUUAUAUGGGAUGCAUAGAAGAGACAGAGGCUAUUUGGCGCCAUGCUGUGCAGUGUUAUUCGCUGUUUAAGAGGCCAAAGUGGCUUUGUUUUUACAGCAAAAAAAAUAAAAAAUGAAAAUAUGCCUGUGGUGACCUUACUUCUGAUAAGGAGCCACCCUUUUCAGACAAAGCAGUUUUUGUACCCCAUGCUGGGGUGAACCACAGUCAGAGGCUGCUUGGACCGGUGGCAGCCCCCAAUGUGACAGCUCUCCCAGAAAUGAAAAAGGAGUCCGUGUGCUGAAGGCUUGUGCUUCACUGCACCACCAGCCUCUCUGUCCCACUCCACAAAGCUACUGGGACCAUGCUUACACGUCAUAUUUCAUCAUGACACUGCUGGAUGGAGAAAACUAUGAAAGUAAUCAAAAGGAAAACAGUUAUGCUGUGUGUUUUUAUGCAGAUAUGUUUUCAACAAAAAAAUAGGUUAUUGUUAGGUGAGUCUAGUUGUGCACUGACUGCACUUGUUCAUAGCAUCUGUCCUGAUGUUCAGAGAGUAAACACAAGCAGUGAACAUUUACUUCUUCAAAAUUGCAUCUUCAUUUCACAUGAAAAACACUUUGUGUCUGUGAGUUAUGGUUUUGUUGUGCAGUUGUUGCAUACUUUUUUGUUAUGAAACAGCAGUUUUACAAACCUAUAAAACAACAAUAUUUUCCCCAGAAGGAAAUGUAAAGGAAGGGUUCAUUUUGAUGUUGGACAUCAGUUGUUAUUUCAUCACACAUUCAAAUCAGUCAUCCUAGAUACAGUGCAUUCGGACCACUUCCCCUUUUCCACAUUUUGUUACGUUACAGCUUUAUUCUAAAAUGAAUUAAAUCUAUUUUUUCCUCAUCAAUCUACACAAAAUACCCCAUAAUGACAUAGCAAAAACUGUUUUUUAGACAUUUUGCAAAUUUAUAUAAAGAAAUAAAAGGAAAUGUUACAUUUACAUAAGUAUUCAGACCCUUUAAUCAGUACUUUGUUGAAGCACCUUUGGCAUCGAUUACAGCCUUGAGUCUUCUUGGGUGUGAUGCUACAAGCUUGGCACACAUGUAUUUGAGGAGUUUCUCCCAUUCUUCUCUGCAGAUCCUCUUAAGCUCUGUCAGGUUGGAUGAGGAGCGUCGCUGCACAGCUAUUUUCAGGUCUCUCCAGAGAUGUUCGAUCGGGUUCAAGUUUGGGCUCUGGCUGGGCCACUCAAGGACAUUCAGAGACUUGUCCCGAAGCCACUCCUGCGUUGUCUUGGCUGUGUGCUUAGGAUCGUUGUCCUGUUGGAAGGCGAAUCCUUGGCCCCAGUCUGAGGUCCUGAGCAUUCUGGAGCAGGUUUUCAUCAAUAAUCUCUCUGUACUUUGCUCAGUUCAUCUUUCCCUCGUUCUUGAAUAUUGUCCCAGUCCCUGUCAGAUGCUGCCACCACCAUGCUUCACCGUAGGGAUGGUGCCAGGCUUCCUCCAGAUGUAAUGCUUGGCUUUAAGGCCAAAGAGUUCAAUCUUGGUUUCAUCAGUCUAGAGAAUCUUGUUUCUCAUCGUCUGAGAUUCUUUAGGUGCCUUUUGGCAAACUCCAAAGAGGGCUGUCAUAUGCCUUUUACUGAGGAGUGGAUUCUGUCUGGCCACUCUACCAUAAAGGCCUGAUUGGUGGAGGGCUGCAGAGAUGGUUGUCCUUCUGGAAGGUUCUCCCAUCUAGACAGAGGAACUCUGGAGCUCUCUCAGAGUUACCAUUGGAUUCUUGGUCACCUCCCUGACCAAGGCCCUUCUACCCCGAUUGCUCAGUUUGGCCAGGUGGCCAGCACUUGGAAGAGUCUUGGUGGUUCCAAACUUCUUCCAUUUAAGAAUGAUGGAGGUCACUGUGUUCUUGGGGACCUUCAAUGCUGCAGACAUUUUUUGGUACCCUUCCCCAGAUCUUUGUCUCGACAUAAUCCUGUCUCGGAGCUCUACGGACAAUUCCUUCAACCUCAUGGCUUUGUUUUUGCUCUGACAUGCACUGUCAACUGUGAGACCUUAUAUAGACAGGUGUAUGCCUUUGCAAAUCAUGUCCAAUCAAUUGAAUUUACCACAGGUGGACUCCAAUCUAGGUUGUAGAAACAGCUCAAGGGUGAUCAAUGGAAACGGGAUGCACCUCAGCUAAAUUUUAGAGUCUCAUAGCAAAGGGUCUGAAUAUUUAUGUAAAUAAGGUAUUUCAGUUUUUUUAAUAUAAAUUUGCAAACAUUUAUGAGGUAUUGUGUGUAGAUUGAUGAGGAAUUAUUUGUUAUUUAAUGCAUUUUAGAAUAAGGCUAUAACGUAAUAAAUGUGGAGAAGGUCAAGGGGUCUGAAUACUUUCCGAAUGCACUGUAUACUGUAAUUGAUAUCAUUAUUAAACACUAUAGUAUUGUCACCACCCAACACUAUUAGUCCAUGUUUGUAAAAAUAUAUUGUUUAAAUGACUGACAAAGCAUCUGGAAACCUAUCCUCAUACAAGUAUAACCCUAUUAUAUGUUCACUAUAGAAUCAAAUAUUUUGACAUUUAUUUUUCUAAAACUAAAGAAAAGUACCAAUUACUAAUGCCAACAUUUUCAUUAAAUCAUUCGUAAAAAUCAGGCUUCAUACUUUUUUAUUCACACUUUAAUGGACGGAGCAAACCUUAUUAGUAGACUACCAUAGCAUGUUUGUUAAUUUACCAUAUAUUUCAAAACAAGUGUAAGCAGGCAGCCAUUAUUGUUAUGUCUUGCUGUUCUACUGUGUGCAUUUUUAUUGGGGAAUUUAAAUAUAAAACAAUACCCACUGGGCACACCAUGUCAUUUUAAUAUGGAAAUGUGGGUCAUAUUUGGUUGAGACGUUGAUCAAUGAGAUUUCAACAUUUAUUCACCCACUCAAAAAGACAACCAGAAGUUUGUUCAAUUCCCAAUGUGUUGUCACUAUGCUUUCAACCAUCUAAAAGCAAACCAAAUUCCAAUGGAAAAACAAUGUCUGAUUUUUGGUUCAGUUGUCGUCUAAAUGUGUUAUCACUGCGAUUUCAACCAUUUAAAAGCACAACAAAGUUCAAAUGGGAAUAGAAUGUCAGAUAUGUUGUAUUUAUACAACAACUUAAUGUGUUAUCACUGUGCUUCAUCUCAUAGCACAACCCAAUGACCUGGAUUGCAGUUGAGGUUACAUUUAAAAGUACAUAGUGAAAGUGAUCAAUUCUGUUCAAGAUUCUGCACAGAUUAUUAUAGCAAUUAUUAUAGCAAUCUCUACAGACCUGUGACCUUUUGAACAAGCACGCUUUCUAUGAUUACAUAAGACAUUUAGAGUUACAGUAGGCUAAUUUCAAAAUGUGGCCAUGGAUGCAUUACUCAUUUAGGCUGAAUAAAUACUGUUACAUUAGUUUGUAAAAUAGCCUUAACUUUAGGCUAUUUACUGUAUCACAAAAGUAAUAUUGAAUUGUGUUUGGUGGACAACAACCAAAUAUCAACAUUUAAUGGAUAUCUAACGCUUGGAUGGUUUCAUCUGAGCCACUGGCUUAAUCCUAUUCUUUAACUUUUAUUUUUGGUUAAGUUGGAGACGUCAAUCCAACAUAUAAUUUGUUAAGUUGUCGACAAGUUAAUAGGCCAUUUACUCUAUUGCAAAAGUGGUGCCACUGACUUAGUCUGGCUUCAAGUCCAGUAUGUCUACAAAUGAAUAAUGAAUAUGUUGGAUUCACAUCUCCAUCUCAACCAAGACGCAAAGUUAAAGAAUAUACUAAAUCAAAUCAGACUGUAUUUUAGGUGCAUUUAAAGUUUUUGAUUCGAUUUAGUCCCAUUCCUUAACUUACAUUUUUGGUUGAGAUGGAGACGUGAAUCCAACAUAUUAAUGAUUAACAUGAAGAUGACAUUUGAAAUCAACCAAGCUUUAAACUCUAGGCCUAUAUGUAUUGUCUAUAUUUAGUUGAACUCUGGGUUGAAUUGAAACAAUAGCUGUUGAUGACUUUUUAAAUGCUAUAUAUGCCUGACUAGUAUCAUUGAUGAUAUACUGUAUGACUUAUAAAGUAUGGUUACAUUUCAUUUGACCUACCCAUUGGAAUGACUUCAAUAGCAACAGUCAAUAUAUUUAGUUAUUAAGAGGUCUCAAUAAUCAUUCUCACAAUAGCACAUUGGUAGUAGUCAGUGACAAAUAUUAAAGCUGGGCUUGGUUAAAACCCUGCAUGGAAGACCAAAUGAAAAGUUGUACUGUAGAUGGAGCAACUCUCCAGUAGGAGUUGCUGCCCAGCCUAUGUUUUUUAACAUUUUUUAUAGUGGAUAUAACGUUGAAGAUCUGAUGUUGUGUCAAGGGUACAUGUUUGACAUUUUAUACAAGGUUUCUAUGUUGAAAAUGGCUUAAAUUGCUGACAUAAUCCUGUGGUUGGAAUUUCAGCCUCUGAACAACAGUUUGAUGACUUUUUUUCCACAUCACAAUACGUCGACAAAUUACAUUGAAACAACGUUGAUUCAACCAGUUUGUGCCCAGUGGGUAGGGUCCUAAUGCCUUAAAUGGCUCACAACCAUAAACUACUAACCAAGGACUAUUUUACUUAUUGUUUUGUAUCAAAUGUAACAGAUGCUGCAAUGAUUAAGAAGAUGUCACUAAUAUAUUGUAAUUGUCAUACAUUGAUUAUGUAUGCUUUCGUAACGCAACUUUCUUCUCAGGUUAUUUGUGGAAAUAACCACAAAUUAUUAAUAAUCACACAUUUAUUCUCAGUAUUACAUUAACAACAUGUCAUCAUUGUCUGGUUACAUGGUUUAUAUUUGCUAGUCGGUUAAUAUAUAUAUAUUUUUUUGGUAGGAGGGAGUCUAUUAGGGGAUUUAUCCAUGUAUGAGUUAUUAUGUCCACACACUGGUGAUUUCAGGACAACUGUGUAAUAACAAAAUACUAACCAGAGAUAAAUUACCUGCUAAUGUAAAUGACAAUCAAAUAAUACUACAUAUUUCUUAUUAUUUUUCUUUAAAGUUACAUUAGCUAAAUAACUACAUCAUUAGGUAUCUGAUUUGAGUUCCCCCACGUUCAAUAGAUAUUGUAAUAUUUGAAUGGGAAAGUCCUUCCGUGAAACAUCCGUCAAACAAACAGACCUACUGUAUGUCUGCCUCAAAAUUCCUUUACUCUCCAUGAGUAAGUCAAUAGCCAUAACAAAAUGUAACACCAUAUUGGAAUUCUAAUCAAACUAAAUGUGCCCUUUGACAUGAAGUGAAGGUUGAAAUGCAUUGUGGAGUAAUAAGAAUCUUUAUUUGUACAAUGUUUAUGACAAUCCUAGCAAUCUGCUGUGUACAUUGAGUCAGUGUCACUUCAUCUGUUACAGUCACUCUCAUGAAGACUGGUGCUGUUCAUUUAGGUUGAAGAGAUGCUUAAAGAAAGUUGUAGAAUGCUUUGAGUAUGUGCUGGUUUACCCUUUUACUAUGUGCAAUGUUAAUUUAGAAAGUAAAUGUUUCUAGGCAGGUAUGUACUUAUGUGAAAUAGAGAUAUAGUUGUACACUAUAAACCAAUGUACUAUGUGAAUUAAAUGGAAAUAUUUUUGUCUUAAAAUAUCGUUAACAUUCCUUCAACCAUAAAUAUAAGCAGUAUCUUUACUGAGGUACAGCUUGUAUCUGCUGAAGACUUUGUUAGAAUGACUAAUCCACACUAAAGACGCAGGUCAACUGGUCUGAGAAUGAUGCUGGCAUGAGGGAAAAGGGAGCCAUUCUAUUUUUCAGUAGAACUUGUGUUGGCCUCUUGCUGGGGUCAGCCCAACGUAAACAUUGUUUCAAGUGAUAUGAGCAACACAUUGUUUCAACAUCAUUACUGUGUCCGUUUGUUAUUACUCUAAAGACACAACAUUGACUCUAUUCAAGACCUACAUGCAGAUUUGUUUAGACAACUGUCCUGUUAAUGCUGCAUCAUUUUAAAAUACUGUUUGUUGAUUGUCAGCUAAAUGACUCCCUAGGUUGGCCUCCACUCAACCUUAUCAUUAAAAAAAACUGUUGUUGGUUCAGUGUGCUCAAUGUCCAAUCAUAAGGUAAACUGCCUUUUGAUGCUGGUUGAAGGAACAUGUAGUGUAUGUUUAAUUAUCAAGCUCAUAGAAUAACAGUAAACCAUGUUCUCACAAGUGUCCAGUGUACUCUCUAGCUAACCAUCGUAUGUAAAGAAUUUGCAUUAGUUGCCCCCAUUUCAAACCAGAGGCAGUUAUUAAUUUCCAUUAACCCAGUGCCACAGAUGAUUUCCUACAUUUAAGGUCAUGCUGAGAGCCGUUGUGUGUUUGCUGUGUAUUGCUUCAGUUUAUACAAAUGUUCAUGUUUAUUGGUAUGUGUGUUUCUUUAUUCUGAUUGCUGCGCUAGAUCAAAUGGUGCUGGCUCUUUCUAUGAUUCUGUUUAAUCUGUCUCCCCCAGCAGUAGAUUAUGCACUUUUUGUUUCACUGUUUCAGACUAUAUUUUUAUGUUCAUGAAUUCUUCAUCAAGUGUCAUUCUUUUUUUUAAAGGCAUGAUGUUACUUUGACUUUUGCAUUAGUGACCUUUAGAGUGGACUGUGCAUCCUUGCAGUAUAUGGGGUGGAGGGUCAAUCAAUGCAUACUGUAAAACAUUUGCCAGGAAAAAGUAAGACAAACAAAAACAGAACCGGGUACAUAUUAGCCAUUGCAUUGCAGAAAACUAAUUGAGAAUAUUGUAUUAUAGAAUGUACAAAACAUGUUGAGAUUAUAUAGUUCUUUAUUUUAUGAGAUGUCAAAUAGAUUGAAUAUAUGUUACAUGAUUUUAAAGUAAAACAAACAGAAGUAUUUUGUAACAGAUUAUUGAAGUGUCUUAUUUGGGGAGGUGAGGUUAUUAUUUUCUUCAGUUCAGCAAGUUGGUGUUAUGGUGUUUCACAGUCUAUUGUAUGGCUUGUUUUUUUCUGUCUGUAUAUACCAUCAAAAAUAAGCUUUAACAUAUUGUUAAUAUUGUUUUAAAAUAAAUGAAUAAAAAGUUUACAUUCUGAAACAGCUUGGAUAUUAAUGAUGUGAUAUUUAAUUAUUUAUAAAUCAAUUAAUCUUGAUAAUGUGGUAUCUUGAAAAAUAAAUAUUAAAAACACAUG